CCUUUCUCUAUCCAAUCUUGUUGAACCAUUGCCAUCCGAGUACAUUACAACCUACCCUAUACCUAGUGCGAAUUACCUCUCCUCCCGUGGUCCCCCCUACCUAGCAGCAGGUGAGCAGGUCCCCGGUGGUGGCAGAUUCAAGCAGCAAUGAACAAGUGUGGCGUGCAUAGAGAGAAGAGAGAGACAGAGAGAGAGAGAGAGAGAGCCUUGUUCGCGACGUCCGACAUCAUCUCGUCUCGUUCGCUCUCUCGUCCUGGAGUGUACCUACCUUACCUGGAAUGACUGCCUGUCUAAUCCCAUUAUCUCGCUUUUGGUUUUCGCUCAUCAUCGGCAUCCCAUCUCCCUUCCUCUUCCCUUUCCCCUCUGCUCUGAUUACACAGGUAUUCGUACUCCGUCUACAUCCACUCAAUUGUGGCAGAGGUGGUGGUUCAAUCAACUUAAGGUACGGGGUACUGGGCUCUGCUCUCUUGCUGGCCCUGACUCCCAUUGCCUUAGUUCUGCCCGCCUACUGCCCGCUCUUUCUGCUCGCUGUUAGCGGUAGCGUGGAAGCGUCAGGCCAAGCAAAGUCCCCAAGUACUCCCGUACCUUACCCUCCUCCCACUUGCACUCCCCCCCCCACUCCCCUUGUCAGUCAGUAGUCUCACUCCCACGCUCUUCCCACCCCCACUAGCCUCCCC